AUGCACGUGUUUCUCACAGGUCCACCAGGGAGUGGAAAAACUUCUGUGAGUACGGUUCUCAAGGAACGAUACGGUUUCUGUUACGUAACUCCCAUUGAGGCGGUAUCUCAUGCCGUAGAAUACAGCGAUACUGAUGUGGGAGAUAAACUUCGGCGUUACGUGGACGAGGGAGAACCCAUCCCUGACGACUUACUUGCACGGGCGGUGGCGGAUGCCACUCGCGGCCCGGACUGUACCAAUGGCUUCUUGCUGAACGAUUUUCCCAAAACGGCUGAGCAAGCGCGACACCUUAAAGCGGAGGGUAUAGAACCAGAUGCCAUCGUCGUGCUUAGUGUUCCUGAUAGUUUGUUGGUUGACCGUCAUGCGGGGCGAUGGGUGCAUCCCAGUUCGGGUCGCGUGUACCACACCUUUUACAAUCCCCCUAAUGUUAAGGGGCGUGACGAUGUUACUGGGCAACCGCUGGUGCAGCGACCAGAAGACACGGAGGAGGCUGUACACCAGGGGCUUGUGAAGUAUUACGAGAGUAUUAGAGGACUUCGCGCCGUAUACGGUGACCCUAGACUUUGGCACACCGUUGACGGUUUUGCUUCCCUAGAUAGUGUACACGUCUCUAUAUGUCGUGUGUUGGAUCCUAUUAUUGCAGACAAGACACGUCGAUGGUGGUCCAAGUUGUUUUGGUGGUCAAGUUGA